UCUUUCAAAUCCAUUUUCUUGAAAUCUUACUCACAAAAUCUUGAAAGUACCCCUUUUGAAUGGAACCAACUCUUGGUUUACUUGACACUGGUGAAAAAGGUUGUCCAAAUAUGACCAAAGAGGAACAAGAUUACAAUAUGGACAUGUGUUCUGAGGAAGAAACAGAGCUUGAGUUGGGGUUAGGACUUAGUCUUAACAGUGGGGGUGGUGGGGGUAGUGGGGUGGUGGCAAAAGCUAAGAAAUCAGCAUGGGGUGAAUAUGGUAGAAUUUUAACUGCUAAAGAUUUUCCUAAUGGAUUUUCAGCUGCAGGAAGAUCUAUUAUUAAUAAUGGCGGUGUUUCUUCUGGUACUAAAAGAGCUGCUGAUUUUGUUGGUUCUAAUACUGAUGUUGGAUCUCCUCCUACUGGUUCCAGUCAAGUUGUGGGAUGGCCACCCAUAAGGGCAUACAGAAUGAACAGCUUGGUUAAUCAAUCAAAGGCUCUAAAUGCUGAAGAAGAUAAGGGAGUUGGCGGGAGCGAUAAGAAGGAGCAUUCAAAGAAGAAAAUCAAUCAUGGAAAUGCCAAGGACGACGCGACUUCUAUCAAAGAAAAAGGGCAUCUUGGUUUUGUAAAGGUGAAUAAGGAUGGUUUGCCUAUUGGAAGAAAGGUGGAUUUGAAUGCUCACACUUGCUACGAAUCAUUAGCCAAAACCUUAGAGGAUAUGUUCUGCAAAUCAACUAAAAGUGGUGAAAAGGAACAAGCAACACAGUCUUUUAAGCUCUUGGAUGGAUCAUCUGAAUUUGUGCUCACAUAUGAAGAUAAAGAAGGAGACUGGAUGCUUGUUGGAGAUGUUCCAUGGGAGAUGUUUGUCAACACUGUGAAAAGGCUAAGAAUCAUGAGGACUUCUGAGGCUAAUGGACUUGCUCCAAGAAUCCCUCAGAAACAGGAGAGACAAAAAGGAAAACCAAUCUAAUUUGCUUUGGUGCAAGGAAAUCACAGUUUGGAAGGAAAAAAAAAAAAAAGUAAAACAGAAAUAGUGAAGUGUUAAAAGAGUUGAUGGAUCUUGUUACUUUUUCAUGGUUGUCUCAAGCCCCUCAUAUAGUUGAUACACCAAUGUUUUGCCCAAACCUACCUUUUCUCAUAAUGUAAAUAUGGGAAUGCUAUUUUUCUCUUUUGUGUGUUUGUGUUUGUCUCAAGAAAUUCUAUUUAUUUAUUUAUUUAUUUUAAUGUU